AGCAACCAGCACCAGCGUGUAGGUGGAGAUGGCGCUAAACGCAAUGUCUAUAGCUGUCACGAUGUCACAUGCCACAGUAUUGAAUGGCCACAGGUUGUUGUACAUCCAGAUAAUGUAAAUUGGCAUUAUGAAAGCACCAAUCAAAAGGUCUAUUAUAGCUAGGCCAAGCACAAAUGUGUAGUAGGAGGACUGCCGCAGAAUGUGGUUAGUUGCUAUGGUACAAAUGGAUAAGAUAUUUGCCAUGACCAUUAUGACAGUUAGGAUACACAGAAUGGUAAUUCCUGCCACUGUGUGUGUAGGUAGCUCCAUCUGGUGUCCUGGAGGAUCAUGGAAUAGCAUGUAGUUGGUGACAUGUACUUUGAUGAGGCUGUCGCUGGUCUCUGUUAAUUUGUUUUUUUCCAUCAUAAGACUUGAGUGAUCACUUUUCUCUGAGUGUGUGUGCCAUCUUCCAAGCAUCUAGUCAUAAAAAGUAAAAUCAUGUAAUUGUUGAAAUAUAUAUACAGUAUAUAUAGAGUUUGAAAACAUUUACAUAUUUUUGUUUGUUUCUUUUCUUCAAAACUAUGGGAAACUAAUAUCUGCAAUGAAUAUCAAAUAAAUCAUUUGUAUUCUGUUAGUAAAAGUUUGUUUGGUUGGGUUUUUAAAUUUUUUAUUUUUUUUUUUUUUAUAUUUUUUUUGUAGUUUUGAAAUGAAUCUUAAUAAUAGUAACUGCUUGAAAAAUAAAGACAGUCAGAGGGGGAAGGAAAUUCAUUCACAGUUUAGAAGUGUAGUACAGUACACAGCUUGGAAUUCACUCCUGCAAAACAUAGGACAUCCAGUCCAUUGUACCUGCAACUGUCAUUGAACAGAACCAAAGUUUAGCUGACAGAAAUAAAAUCACAGGAUUAAGAACAAAAAGACAAGAGUUUCACAAUUGUAUUCUUGAGAAAAGAAAUCAAUCAUUUCCCACUGUUCAUACUUAUAGUGGUGCCAUCAACAAAUUCAUCUUCAUCAUUUUAUCCUUAGAGAACAGUGUUUCAAGUUAGAAAUAUACAAGUGUGGAUCAAAGGAUCUAAUUUUAAUAUGAUUGUGAAUUCACUAUGUUGUUGUAAGAUUUGCUCUUAUGUUGUUGAUAGUGUGUAAUACUAAUGUGGGUUUUUUUUGUGUUCUGUACUAGGAAAUGGAUGUGAACUGACACUGUAAAGCCACAACAAUAAAGAUGACAGAGAGGGGCUUUGUGGUUUUAUACACCAGCCAAAAAACAAAGAAAGCGAAAACUUGGCAUGAUGGCACCCUCAAAUUUUCUGGCAAUGGAACAAAGGGCGUACUCUACGAUGACAAAAAUUGUCGCAUUGACACAAUUCACAUGCGACCAGAGGAUGUUGUAAUGGGAGAACAAUUAGAGAGUGAUCGUCACUUCAUCCUGAUAGAGGAGGAAUCUAAAGUUGGUGCAACCAAUCAGAAUGAAGCACUUAAAAAUAGCCCAGUCAUUGGAUCAACCAAAACAGAGAGAUUUAAACCACAGAUCAGGACAGGUCUUAAAAAGCGGCACACUGGUUUUAUUCCCCCUCGAAUGAUUGCAGUAAAAGACCUUGAACCUGUGGAACAGCAAACGACUGGUAUGAACAAUAUAGGAAAAGGCAUUCAGAGUUUGGGUGAUAAUUCUCAUCGUGUUGCAUCAUUUCAUCAAAAAUACAAUAUCAUGAACAAAUCCAGUCUCCCAGAACCCAGUGACCCGGACCUGUUUGUGAGAGAUCCGCUGUUUUCUCACAGCAUGACCCAAAAUUCACCUGAUGGACCGAACUGCAGCAAGAAAUCCUCGCCUUUGAUUGGUCAAACAAACAAUAGACCCAUGGCAACAUCUCCAUGGAGUACAUUUGGUUCCAGCCAAUCUCCCGCCAGAUGUCAAUUAGAUGCACCCAUGUUAGACAGUCAAGAAUUAGGGACAAAGUCGUUAACAUAUAUUAAUAAUGAACGAAGUGUGGAAAACACCAGUGGACUACAGAAUGCUAAUUUUGAUGAAUUAACUGUAAAUAAAAGAAGUGCUGCUCAAAUUGUAGCUUUGCUAUCCAGAACAUCUGGUCACUCUCACAGUACUAGCUCGUGUAGCACAACAUUACAAAAGACUAAACUUUCCCCCCAAAGUAGACUUUCCAAUGAAAGAAAAGAUACCGGUAAUAAGUUUUGUGGUGAAAUGGGUUAUCAAAAUCAGUCUGUAUUGCAGUCUGUGGAAGGUGGGGAGGAGCAGUCCUUACAACAAAGUGGAAAGUCUGCCCAUCAAAUCUUCAGCUACAGGACCUAUUCUGACCAGUCUAUGCUAUCUAAUUCAUCACAGAGAUGUCAGGAUAAUUCAGAUUCAUUUGUAGCAGGAUCCAAAAACCAACCAGGUGACAGUCAUUAUGACUUGAUAACAACACCAGCCUUAGAGACUUACGUCGAAUUAGGUAGAACAAAAUCAAGUUGUGUGGAUCCUGGCAAUCGGUCUGAAAGACGUGUCAUGACUGACCCUCAAAACAUCAUAAGAACUGAAGUUCAGGGUCAUGUGACAAGUUUUGGCAGUAUCGUCAAGGAGAUGGAGUCUACUACAUCAGUGUAUGAAGUGAGUGACCCAUCAGAAGUCAGCAAUGGGAAACCAGUUCACAGUGGUGAUGACCUUCCCAAGGGUCAGAGUGCUGAGGAGAGUAGUAAUGUGAGGACUCUGGUGAAUGGAGAUCUUGUUGAGGAUGAGGAAGAGGAUGAGAUGCCUUGUGAUGGAGGUGCCUCCUUUGCUAUUUCUUUCUCUCCCUUGUCAGUGAUUCCAUCUGAUUCUGACAGUGACUGUGAGGAUCCACAGUGUAGUGGAGAAAAUAAGUCCAGCAACCAAGAGUACACCAACAGUCAAAGCUCUGUGAUUGAUUUCAUUAAUGGUUCAUCCAAAACAAAGAAAGCAUGUACCAGGAGAGAAGGUUUGGUUGAAGAGGCUUGUAACAAGAGAGAAGGUUUGGUUGAAGGGAUGUGUAAUAAAACAGAAGGUUUGGUUGAAGAGGCUUGUAACAAGAGAGAAGGUUUGGUUGAAGGAAUGUGUAAGAAGACAGAAGGUUUUGUUGAAGGCACUUGUAACAAGAGAGAAGGUUUGGUUGAAGCUGGAGAAGUAACAAGUGGCUCAGACUUACAGACAGGGAGUCACUGUAUAAAGGAAAUAGGCGAUGAGUUAAAUACACUUACAUGUGUAAGUGUUAACAUGGACUCAGAGUGUCCACCAUUCACUGAGGAAAAUACCUAUACAGAUCUAAAACAGGAGAAUGAGGAAAAUAUUUAUACAGAUCUAAAACAGGAGAAAAAGUCUGUAAGUAAACAGACUGGUGGUGUACGUCUUGAUUCGAGUGGAACACCAUUUACAAGUGUAAACAGAGAUGAGAAGGGGGGAGAACCUGUGAAAGAGGUAGAAAUCGAGGGUCUAUGUGUGUCUCAAAAAAGGUCAGGUUACCAUACUGAUACAGAGGGGUAUUCUCAAAAGUCUCUUGGAUGUCUGGAGUUUACUCCUGAUUCACCGAGAAAUUUUAUGAACUGUUCUCAAAUAAGCUCUUAUGAGUUUUCUCAUCACGCUCAACUGAAUGUGAUUUCAUCAGCUGAUACUAGAGCAUGUCAUGAGAAUGAUAAAUUACCUGUGUUUGAAACCAGUUGGUCUGAUGAUGGUUCUGUGUUUGAUAUGUCUCCUGUGAGACUGAAUAAACAUCAGUUGCCAGAAUCAAAUUCUGAUCAUCCAGAUCUCAGUUUGGUGAAAUAUUCACAAAAAUGUCUUGCUAAAUUUGAUUCACAGAACACUGAGAGACAAAACUGUGAGCAUUCAGAAUAUAACAGGAGUAGUGUAAGCAAAACGGCUCGUGAAGGUCAUCAAGAUCUCCACGGAGAUCGUAAUCUCCAGUGGUCAGGCUGUGAAUCGGACCAGAGAUGGACGGAUAGGGAAGCAGCCAUGUUUGAUGAGUCAUCUAGUGAAACAUCAGUGUCAUCAUCAUCCCACUGUGUAACUAAUACAGAACACAGAGACAGACGUCUGCCAAAUAGAAAUCAAGACAUAAGCGCCAACCGUCUGCCAAAUAGAGUUACCUCUCUCCAAAGCCCUCCCCAGUCAGUAAACCUAGUAAGAAGUCCAGCAGAAACAAAGCACAGAGAUCUCUCACAGAAGAUUUACGAAAGAAUGGGUUUCUACAAGAUGAGAGGCAGUGUCACUGGUAUGGUUGCUAAACGACAAGGAAAUCUGACAUCACAUCAGAGUGGACGUAAAUCUGACUAUGCACCAAACAUCGUCCACUGUCAAGUCAGGCGGUGUCCACAGAGAGAGUCACUCAGGACCGGAGCACCAGCUGAGGGGGCACCUGUCGGGGACUGGAUAGACCGCUUGCAAGUGGAACACAGAAAUACAAGGGCAAGAAAUAGAACAGCCAUAAUGGGCAUUUAUUUACAAUUUUUACUAUUUAUUUAUCAUGAUAUAAGAGUUGUAUGUAAAAAUUAACUGGGGAUGGCAAAUAAAGAAAA